AUGCUUUCUUUGAAAUCAAACCCUGAAUCAAAGAAGGCCGCAUUCAAACCAUUGUCAAAUAUAUUAACACAAAAGAAGAUUGAUGAGAUUUCAAAAUCACUACACAGACCUUCCAAAAAAUUGAAACAAUUACAUUGGGAGAAAAUUGAUAAAGUUGAUCAAACGUUAUGGGGUGAAUCGACUCAUUCAAGAACUGAUGAAUUGAUGGAAUUGGGUAUUUUGAAAGAAGUUGAGGAUUUAUUCACUAUAAAGGAAACCAAAAAGAAAGUAUCACCAUCAAGUGCAACUGCUAAAACUGAUAAAAUCACUUUCCUUCCAAGGGAUUUAUCACAACAAUUCGGUAUUAAUCUUCAUAUGUUUUCAAAUUUCACUGAAGAACAAUUGAUUUCCAAAGUUAUUAAAUGUGAUUAUGAUGUUUUGAAUAAUAUUAGUGUUUUGGAAUUUUUCAAUAAGGAUGAACUGAAUGAAAUUGGUAAUGGAUUGCUUAGAAACUUUAAACCUUACUCUACUGAUUUUGUUACUGGAUCAAAACCUGAAAAGGAUGUCACUGUUUUGGAAAGAUCUGAUCGUAUAUUCUUGGAGCUUUGUUACAACUUAAGAUUUUAUUGGAGAUCAAGAUCUAGAGCUUUAUUGAUGAUUAAAACUUAUGAAAAGGAUUAUUAUGAUUUAUCAAAGAGAAUACAAACACUUGAUGAUGCUGUGAAAUCUGUGAAGAACUCCAAAAACUUGAAGAAUAUUUUUAUCUUAAUUAGAGAGAUUGGUAACUUUAUGAAUAAUAAACCCGUUGAAGGUUUCAAGUUAGCAUCGUUACAAAAAUUGAACUUUAUCAAGGAUCAAAAUCAAAAUACUUUCCUACAAUAUCUUGAAAAGGUAAUCCGCAGAGCAUAUCCAGAAUAUCUCAAAUUCAUGGAGGAACUAUCAUCACUUCAAGAUUCAUCAAAAAUAUCUGUUGAGCAAUUAUCAGUUGAUAUUGAUGCUUAUAUUAAGACAAUCAAAAGCGUGGAAAGAUCCGUUGAAUCUGGUAAUUUAAGUGACCCAAAGAAGUUACAUCCUGAUGAUAGAAUUGUGACAAAAGUUUUACCAAGAUUGCCUGAAGCAAAGAGAAAGUACCAACUUUUAGAAGAUCAACAGAAGUUUGUUAUUAGUGAUUUUGAGAAACUGAUGAAAUAUUUUGGUGAGAACCCAUCAGAUGCUGGUUCUAAAGCAUCAUUUUUCCAAAAGUUUCAAGAGUUUAUGAAUGAUUUUAAAAGAGUUCAAAAACAGAACCAUGAGGAAGAGCAAAAGAUUAAGAUUUAUGAAAAGAGAAAAGCCAUGAUGUUAAUGAAUAAAAAAGCGAGAGAGGAAUCAAGGGGCUCUGUAACAACUGAUGGUGAAUCAGAUGUGGAUGGUAAACAAGAGGAAGAUGUUGUCGACAACUUAUUGAGAAAAUUGAAAGGAGUGACCAAUGAAAGAAGAACAAGCACAACUACAUCAAGCAGAUCAAGAAACAUGGAUCAAGAAGAUACAAAACUACUUACAAGAGCACAAACAUUACUAGAGGGAACAAAGAACAUUACAUAA